GCACCAAUGCCCCCCAUCCGUUCAUGUAGCUAGCUAGUUAGCAACAACAAGAGCAUGGAAGCACUCAGGUGACCCGCUAGCCUCGUCGGUUUCCGCCAUGGCCACAACAGGGAGCGGAGGAGGUGAGAGGGGUCAUCAUGGCGACGAGGAGGAGCAGCAGCAGCAGGCAGCUUGGGCGGAGGCAGCCGGCGUUCAGCCGCUGGUGAUGCCGGAGGACGGGUACCAGUGGAAGAAGUACGGCCAGAAGUUCAUCAAGAACAUCCAGAAAAUCAGGAGCUACUUCCGGUGCCGCGACAGGCGGUGCGGCGCCAAGAAGAAGGUGGAGUGGCAGCCGGGCGACCCCAGCGUCCGCGUCGUCUACGACGGCGCGCACCUGCACGGCUCCCCGUCGUCAUCCAACGGCGGCGGCGGCGGCCAGGACGGCGCCGCCAACCGGUACGAUCUCAGCACCCAGUACUUCGGCGGCGCGGCUCCCACGCCGCAGACGCGGUGACCAGACGACGCGACGGGCGCCGCCGGCCGGUGGCGCCAUCAGGAGGACGUGUGGUAGCUGUUGAAUGGCCGGCGGUGGCGGUGCCGGGGCGCCGCCGGUGCAGCGUUGUCGACGGUGUAGGUGGCAGAUUAUCUGCGGUCAACGUGAUUACAACAGGUGCACUAGCUAGCUGGUUGAGCGGUCGCACUGCUACGACUAGUAGUACUCCUACGUACGUAGCUCCGUUUGUUUCCUGUAUGUAUGUAUGUAUGUACGAUUAGUUCAACUCUGGUACCUGAGGCCGCGAGUGCACCAGCAUUAACUAGCAGUAACACCUGAGGCUGUCACGCUAAAUGCCAAAAUGUACAA